UCCCUAGACCACGUUCGUAAUUUUACGUUCUUUUAUUUUGGAAGUUUUGUAGAGUGUUGUUUAUUUUUGUUUAUCCUAUAGUAAAUGCUACUGUUGAACUUCAUAAGGUGACGCAAAAUAAAAUAGAUCAACAUGCCGAAAGUUCGAAGCACAUCGGGUGCCCCCCGAAAACAGGGAUUUAACAAGUCCAACCACUCUAUGAAUCCCGAGAGACCCAAGGCUGGAUUAAAAGGAGUAGCCAAUCCCAGAACAAAGGGAACAAUAAAAAGGCUUCAGAUGUACCGAAAUUUCAAGGCAAAAAGAGAUAGGACAGGAAAAAUUAUAGCACCUGCACCUUUCCAGGGCCGUUUGCCUUCGGGCACCAUGGCAAGAGUUGAGCCAACACCAAAGUGGUUCAGCAACUCUCGUGUCAUAUCACAAUCCGCCCUGCAAAAAUUCCAGGACGAAAUUGGAAAGGCUGUAAAAGACCCAUACCAAGUUAUUAUGAAGCCAAGUCAACUGCCUAUUACUUUGUUGAACGAAUCUGCUAAACAUCAGAGAGUCCACUUGCUGGAAACGGAAAGCUUUGAAAGCGUAUUCGGACCGAAAAAGCAAAGAAAACGUGUCAAUAUCAAAGUAAGGGAUUUGGAGGAUUUAAGCCGGAAAGUAGAGGAACAGGAACAAGAGUACGAUGUCACGAAGGACGUUGACUUGGUACGUGAGGACACAGGUGAUAAAGAUGCCCAAAGAGAUUGGAUCUUUGCUGCUGGCCAGAGUAAACGAAUCUGGAAUGAGCUACAUAAAGUAGUGGAUGCGUCAGACGUAUUGCUUCAAGUAUUGGAUGCGAGAGAUCCUAUGGGAACGCGAUCAAAGUACAUAGAAGAGUUCCUACGCAAGGAAAAACCCCACAAACAUCUAUUCUUUAUUUUGAACAAAGUCGAUUUAGUUCCCGUAUGGGUUACUCAGCGUUGGGUAGCAAUUCUAAGCUCCGAAUAUCCAACAAUUGCCUUUCACGCCUCUUUACAACAUCCCUUUGGUAAAGGUGCUCUUAUAAAUCUAUUCCGACAAUUGGGCAAGUUGCAUUUGGACAAGAAACAAAUCAGUGUAGGCUUCAUAGGCUAUCCCAAUGUUGGAAAAUCAUCUGUUAUAAAUGCAUUAAGGUCCAAAAAGGUUUGUAAAGUUGCGCCCAUAGCAGGUGAGACAAAGGUGUGGCAAUACAUCACCUUGAUGAAACGCAUAUUCCUCAUCGAUUGUCCAGGCGUUGUAUAUCCAUCAGCUGAGACAGACACGGAAAAAGUUUUAAAAGGCGUCGUUAGAGUGGAAUUGGUCACAAAUCCAGAGGACUAUGUUGAUACAGUUUUACGGAGAGUGCGACCAGAAUACAUCAGGAAAACAUAUAAAAUUGAACGGUGGUCUUCGCACAUGGAUUUCCUGGAACAAAUAGCCAAGAAGAGCGGUAAAUUGCUGAGAGGAGGAGAGCCUGACAUUACAGUAACGGCACGAAUGAUACUGAACGAUUUCCAAAGAGGCAAAUUGCCGUACUAUGUGGCGCCAGAAGGUUUCGAAACUCCGAAAUCUCAAACUGGCCAAGACGUUGAAAAAGAAACAAAUGAUGCGAGUGAAAACCAAAAUGAUGACGACAAAUCUGAAGCUCCCACAUUCGUAAGUGAAUCUGUGAAAAAAGCUCGGGAAUUCAAACAGUUGCAAGACUUCCGCAAAAUUAAAGUUGGUGUUACAUUUGAACAAGACGACGUCAAAGAAUUGGACAAAAUCGACCUCGAGCUUUUGGAACAGCAAAAGGCCGAAAGAGCAGCACGAAAGAAGGCCCGUUUACUCAAUCCAGCCGAGGAUGAAGAAUCCAGCGACGGCGCCAGCGACUUUUAUUCAGAAGAUGAGUACAAUGAAGACUUGGAAAAGGUUGUUCACAAGAAGGCACCACCUAAACGAAAGAAAACGGUGGCAAUUACAUCCUCCGGAAAAUUCCGAGUCGAAGAAGAAAUAGAAGCAUCCAGCGAUGAAUCAGAUGCGGCCACAGCACCACCUGCCAAGAAGAAGUUGACAGCCAAGCAGAAACGUACCAUUGAAAGACAACAAAAACGUAAAAAAGUCGGCAGUAAUUUCUAUGAAGUAUCCAAUGUUAAGAAUCGAAACCGCAAUAAGAAAGAAAAGAAAUAGAAAGGUGGCAUACGAUACGCAAGACGUUUGUAGUUUUUUGACAGAUUUAUAUCUUUGAAUAAGUUUUACAAGCUGAAGAAUAAAAAAUAUGUUAUAA